UUCCUGCACUGGAGUCUGUUUCACUUUCAUUAUCACAAGGACAGAAUACAAAGAUUCCCAGGCAGCUGCGUCUGCAAACAUGCAGGGAUGGAACCCAGGGAGAAUGGACCCGGUGGAGGACGUGGAGACACAACAUGAAGCCAUCAUGACAGGAGCUGUGGAACAUGACGAUAUGCCGAGUACUUGCUGCUAUACACUCAACUCUCAGCCAGCUCAGCAAAUGUCAUCCACAUUGCCUGAGAGAAGGGGACCAGUAGAAGAUGAUGAAACGCAACCGGAAGCAACAAUGAACUAUGAUACAUCCUAUAGAACACUGCGUUCUCUGGAAUCUUAUUCUGAUCUAGAAACGUUUUCUUAUAGAAAUUUACAGAUUUCCGUCUCUGUCCCACCUACUGGACCAGGUUUCCAGUGGUCCCAAGAUGUCCUUUCUGCCUUUGGCAGUCUCCCUGAUUUCAGCCCUGAGGAAAGAAGGGUCCUAGUUCCGCUGGUCGGACCCCCAGCGACCCCCAGGCCCCUGAGUGUGAGGGAGGGCUUACUGGCCUUCCAGAGGGAGCCAGGCUACUACCAGCAUCUACGGGCACUGGCGCAGAAGCUGAAGAGCGUGGGCAGAGUGGAUGUGGUAAAAGCCAUGCACAAAGAGAAGAGUGCCCUCCGCUGGCUGGGUCCAGUGUUGCCGGAAGAACAUCUGGUGAAGGACAUCGUUCCUUCUCUGUGGGUGCCACUGACAACAGCGCUCAGCAUUUCUCAUCCUGAAGGUCAUGACUGGCGGUUGCUGGCUCAGGAGAUACACAUCCCCCGUGAACAUAUUGACCUGUGGCAGGAAAGAGAGAGGAACCCAGGAGAGAUGGUGCUGAGAACAUGGCAGGUGAAGGUGACGGAGGCCACUGUGGGACGGCUCUUUGACCUGAUAAUAAAAUACCGGGAAGACCUGGCCGCUAUGUUAUAGCACAGCAACCUCUUACCGACUUGCAUAGGACGUCACUCUAUGGAACAGAAAAGUCCUUCAUCAUAGUAAUAAAUUAGAAAAUAAAA